AUGUCUGAAUCGCGGGGCCCGAGCCCUAGAUCUACGUCCACCUGGGCAGCAGCAGCAGCAGCACUGUUGCUGUUAUUGACCUACCUGGCUUCACCGGUCGCGGCUCUGUACGCCACAUACGGGUCACCGUGCUAUGACGUCUGUAGCAAUCCGACCAACACCACGUCCUCCGAAAUCGUCUGUCUGGACGAGUCGUACAACACCACCGAUACCGGCCGGAAAUUCCAAGAAUGCGUGUCUUGUGAACUACAGAGUAAUUACACCGAUACUAAAACCCAGAUCAGUGACUUCAGUUGGGGUCUUUAUAACCUCCGAUUUGCAUUCGAUACCUGUGUCUACGGGUAUCCGGAGGAUGUGGACACGGUCUCGACGCCUUGUCUGGUGUCGUGCCUUGGGUUGAGUCCCGUAUUCGAGUUUGAGCUGCUGCAUCCGAAUCAGAACAACCUGCGGGCCUAUUGCGCCACAGGGCAAUUCGCCGACAACCACAUCGACACCUGCAGUAACUGCUACAACCGGACAAGCACCCAAGGAUAUCUGGCCAACUUUUUAGAAGCGAUGCGUUAUGAGUGCCAUUUCCCCGUGCCCAUCGAUACGGCCUUCCCCAUCAGUCCGUCUGAUAUCUUCUCGGAGGUGCAGCUGCCCUUCUACUCGUCGGACCUGCUCAACAGCACGGCGCAUGACCCGGUCAACUACCGGCUAGCGACGCUGAUUGGACUUCCGGUGAUGGGCUUUGUGAUUUUUGUCUGUCUGCUCGUGCUGGGUAUCUUCUUCUGUCUUGGCUGGCGGCGGAGAUGUGUCCGCCGAGAGCGAGCGUCCGAGCAGCAGCGGUGGAAAACCCUGGCUGCGGAGCAUCCG